AUGGGAAGCUACUACCGAAAUGCUUUCGCCACACUCUCUAUACUGAGCGCACAAGACUCUCAUGUCGGCUUCCUCAAACCUCGAGAGUCGGUAUCAACGAUCAGUCUGGGUGAGAACCUUCAUCUUCGUCGAGCGCGGCCCACUUGGAGCGAAGUGCUUCAUGAAUCGCCACUGAACAAACGAGCAUGGGUAUUGCAGGAGCGAUUGUUGUCAAGAAGAGUCGUGCAUUUCGAGAAGAACGAAAUCUUCUGGGAGUGUCUCGAGACCUCUGCAAGAGAAGGGAGUGCGGAGGAGAACCCUGAAGCAUGGCAAGAGGGCGAGUGGUCUAACGAGAGCUUCAAGCGCUGCCUUACUUUCGCCAACAAUCCGACCGUGGGGGGGUUUGGCAGACAUGUGCCGGAAAGCGAGGCCUUUAUGAUGCAAUGGUAUCGCAUUGUAUGUCAGUACUCUCGGCUGAGUCUCACAUACCGCAGCGAUGUCUUCAUGGCGAUUGCUGGCAUUGCGCAAAUAUUUUGCGAAGUCACCCAUUUUACAUAUAAGGCUGGCUUGUGGAGAGAACAUGUCCAUGCUGGCCUCCUCUGGUAUGCCGACGGAUCGCUCAUGCCCGUGCGACGGGUUACCGCUAGCUCCAGUCCACCUUCUUGGUCGUGGGCUUCUCUGGAUGGCCCAGUAAACAUGAUCUUCAGCCGCGAAUCAAGGACGAUCGACACCCAACUUGCAGCCACGGUGCUUGAACACCAACCCAUGCUCGAGCGAGCCGUUACUUCCUUUGCGCAUACUGGGGAUGGCGUUCUGAUGCUGGAGGCCUAUAGCCUCGACGUUGUCUGCCGCUCGUACUCAGACGGAAGCGCGCCAUACAGCGACCCUUAUCUUCGCAUGGUGGUCGAUAUUUUCGACGAGCGUGGUGUCUGUAUCGGUACAGGCUACCAUGAUCGCAUCCCAGAAAACUGUAUUACCCAAUGCAUGGCUCUGAUCGUAUCGCAGAGGGUGCACACAACCUUCAGCAGCACUCCCAUUACCUACUUCCUGCUGGUUGUUGAGUCGCACCGCUUUGCGGAGACCUGCUACGAGCGAAUAGGCAUCGGGCAGACAGCCGAUAAGACUUACGGACAUGUAAUGGACACACUGGAAAUCGAGCCUGGGCAGAGGAAAAAGGUUAUACUCGUCUAA